AUGCGUGGCUCAGCAGUCAAGCCCGAGCCGUCCACCAAGCGCUCGUACGCAGCUCUCUUCAACCCGAAGCGACUCGGCCUCGGUCUACCCUUCGUCAGCUCGUCGUCGGAGAGCGUCCAACCUCGUGCCGAGUCGUCCUCCCUCACCAAGCGUGCGGGCGAGCGCUCUGCCCGCGCACCGACCGCGGUCCGCCUCAUCGAGUUCACCUCCCCGUUCGGCAACGCGCUCGACGUGGACCUGGCGACGCCGGCGACGGCGCACGAGGAGCGGCGAGCCGGGCUGGGUCGACGCCUGUCGAGCGAGGACCGCGCACGGCUCGCCAACGGCGCGAGGGCCAUCGUCGCGCUCGCAACGACGCCGGGCAAGCGGCGCAAGAGCGUGGUCGACCUCGAGGCGGUGACCGACGGCAUGCAGCGGGCAUCGGUCGCAGGUCGUCGCCGCUCCUCGUUGACGCCUCUCGGCCAGCCGAGCGUCGGCGCACGGUCCUCGUUCGCCCGCCUCACGCCCCUCGACUCGACUGCCGCCAGUCCAGACGCAUCUACGACGGCGUCGACCCUCCCUCGCCUGUUGAGCGGGCUGUCGGCCACGUUCCCGCUCGUCUUUCCCUCGCCCCGGUCCCCUCUCCCCGUCUCGCCCGUCAGCGACCGCCGCACCGCCUUCUUCGACGAGGUCGCCACGCCAGGAACCGACUCGUCGAGCUUUCCGAGGUCGCCUUCGACAUUCGCCAGCCCGGUGUCGCCGUAUCUCGCGAGCGCCGCCGCCUCGAUCGCGUCGUCGAGCUCGUACCGGUCGUUCGAGCCGCGGUCGCCACGCACGGCCGACGGGCCCGACUUUGCGCCCGACGAGCUCGAGCCGACGCUCGAGUUCCUGCGGUCGCCGUCGGGCGUCAACAUCCGGUUUCCGCUCGUCUUUCCCUCGCGGCCGACGUCCGUCCACACUCGCUCGAGCGCGGCGUCCACCUCGAGCCGGGCGUCGAGCGCGUACGACGAGGCCUCGACGCUUAACGCGCCUCGAACCGUCGAACAGGACGAGGACGACGGCGCCGACGGCCUGGUCGCACUCGUCGCCGACGUCCUCGAGCGGUCCGAGGCGACGACCCGCACGAUCCCCUCUUUCACUUCCCCCUUCCCGCCGCCCUUCCUCUCUCCGUCCAAGCGUACCGUCACGGCCGACAGCUUCUCGAAGCUCACGUUCCCGUCGAUGCCGACCCUCUUCCCCGACUCGGUCACCAUCCCGUCCUCCUCAGCUCGGCGGCGACCGAGUGCCGCCAGCUCGUACCAUGGCGAGCACGUCUCGACGCCGAGCACGUUCGGGCCUCGUCGCUCGGCGACCGAGACGGGCUUCACGGUCAAGAUGCACGACAUCUUUGCCGAAGCGUUUGGCGCGUGCCAGCAGGGAGACGAGUCGGGCGAGGCCUGAUUGCCGUCGUGCACGGGCCAUUGUCCACAGCCGUUCGAGCAUUGCCAUUCUCGAUUUCCAUUCGAGCCGUC